CUACGAUACACGCAUAGAGAGAUUAAGAGGCACGUACACGCAGACUCUCUGUAUACCGAUACACAUACGGAUAAAAAUCGGAACGUUAUACUGUGAUGAGAUUGAUCGAGAUGGUGGAGCGGAGUGGAGGAGAUAUUGCAUUAUAAUUCUAUUUUUGAUCACUUCUUUUCUUUCUUUGCAUCGCUGUAAGGCACGUAAUCAUCGAAUUCGAAAUCGGAAUCUGAAUCGGAAUCGGAAUCGGAAUCGGAAUCGGAAUCGAAGAAAUUAGGGGGACAGAGCGAGAGAGAGAGAGCAAGAGGGGAAUGGCGAGUUUGUACGUGAAGGCGGUGCCGCCGGCUGAUCUGAACAGGAAUACAGAAUGGUUCACCUACCCUGGGGUUUGGACCACCUAUAUAUUGAUUCUCUUCUUCUCUUGGCUUCUAGUUCUAUCCAUCUUUGGCUGCACUCCUGGCAUGGCCUGGACAAUCGUCAAUCUCUCCCACUUUGUGGUAACUUAUCAAUUCUUCCAUUGGAAGAAAGGAACUCCAUUUGCUGAUGACCAGGGAAUGUAUAAUAGGUUGACUUGGUGGGAACAAAUUGAAAAUGGGAAGCAACUUACUCGCAAUAGGAAAUUUCUAACAGUUGUUCCUGUGGUGCUGUGA